AUGGCAACCACAUUCUGCAAUCUUAACACUGGGUCUGGUCUGACAAAACUAAAUGAGUACCACCUGAAGCAGAUAGUCUCCAAAAGGCAAGUUCCAAUACAAUUACUUUUCUGCAAUUUGGGUGCUUGGUCUUAUGGAGGCUAUGGAAGAUUGUCCUGUUUCUCCUGUAAUGCUCAAAGAGUUUUCCAUAGGGUUUGUAGAAAAAAAUUAGAGGCCAGACAGUGGCAAUAUUGUGGACAGGCUUUUGUCAACAAUAAGGCGGGCUAUUCUAACACUAUCCAUGAAGAGAAUAAAGAUGAGCCUAUUUCUAAAGCAACCUUGAUAUGGAGGGCAGUAAAGUUACCAAUAUACUCCGUUGCAUUGGUUCCUCUCACUGUAGGUAGUGCAGCUGCUUAUUUACAGACAGGCAUGUUUUCAGCUUGGCAUUAUUCUGUUCUUUUGGUUUCCUCGGUUCUUAUCAUCACAUGGCUCAACCUAAGCAAUGAUGUUUACGAUUUCGAUACAGGAGCUGAUAAAGAUAAGAAAGAAUCAGUUGUAAAUCUAGUGGGCAGCCGUACAGGCACUCUUGUUGCUGCCUACUUGUUACUUGCUCUUGGCUUUUUGGGGCUUGCUUGGGUAUCUUUUGAGGCAGGAAAUAUGCGUGCAAUAUUAUUACUCGCUUGUGCAAUCAUGUGUGGUUAUAUAUAUCAGUGUCCACCAUUUCGGUUAAGUUACCAAGGAUUAGGAGAGCCGUUGUGCUUUGCAGCAUUUGGUCCAUUCGCUACUACAGCUUUUUAUUUAUUGCAGGGAAGCACAAGGGAAAUGAUCCAUCUUCCCUUUACUGGUUCAAUUCUUUCUGCUUCACUCCUUAUUGGCAUAACAACAGCCUUAAUCCUGUUCUGUAGUCACUUUCAUCAGAUUGAAGGAGACAGGGCUGUAGGAAAAAUGUCCCCUCUGGUUAGGCUUGGCACGAAAAGAGGAUUAGUGGUAGUGAAGUUGGCAGUUAUAGGACUCUAUGUUCUCACUUUCACCUUUGGUCUAAGCAGCGCUCUUCCUUUUACUUGUAUUUUUCUAUGUGCCCUGACCUUGCCAAUUGCAAGACUGGUGGUUAGCUAUGUUGAAGAAAACCACAAUGACAAACAUAAAAUAUUCAUGGCAAAGUAUUACUGUGUGAGGUUGCAUUCUUUAUUUGGAGCUGCAUUGGCUGCUGGACUCGUGUUACCGAGAAUGGUCCCUAAAAUAAACAUCGCAAGGUUGGGAUUCUCAUAG